AUGGCGGGGCCUCAGGCGGAGGGUCCCGAGGCACCUGGGGCGCAAGCCCGACUGCUCAAGCUGGCGCACAAGUACCGGCCCGAGACCAAGCAAGAGAAGAAGCAGCGGCUGCUGGCCCGGGCCGAGAAGAAGGCUGCCGGCAAGGGGGAUGUGCCCACCAAGAGGCCGCCAGUGCUCCGGGCAGGGGUGAACACCGUCACCACGCUGGUGGAGAACAAGAAGGCGCAGCUCGUGGUGAUCGCGCACGACGUGGACCCCAUCGAGCUCGUCGUCUUCCUGCCCGCCCUGUGUCGGAAGAUGGGGGUGCCCUACUGCAUCAUCAAGGGCAAGGCCAGGCUGGGGCGCCUGGUCCACAGGAAGACCUGCACCGCCGUCGCCUUCACGCAGGUUAACUCGGAAGACAAGGGCGCCCUGGCCAAGCUGGUGGAAGCCAUCAGGACCAACUACAACGACAGAUACGACGAGAUCCGGCGCCACUGGGGGGGCAACGUGCUGGGCCCCAAGUCGGUGGCCCGCAUCGCCAAGCUGGAGAAGGCGAAGGCCAAGGAGCUGGCCACCAAGCUGGGCUGAGCGCGGCGCGGCUCAUGUACAUAAAGACAAUAAACACGUGUUGGAUCAGU